AUGACAGCCGUUACAUCAACAAGUAGUGAUAUAGUACCUACGGGAACUGUAAUAAAAGAGAGAUGGAAGGUCAGCAAAAAAAUAGGAGGGGGUGGUUUUGGUGAAAUAUAUGAGGCCGUGGAUAUGGUCACUCAACAGAGGGUCGCAGUAAAAGUUGAAUCUUCUCAACAGCCAAAACAAGUCCUUAAAAUGGAGGUUGCUGUCCUAAAGCGCCUUCAAGGAAAGCCUCAUACUUGCCGUUUUAUUGGUUGUGGUCGUAACGAACAGUUUAACUAUAUUGUAAUGAGCUUACAAGGAAGAAAUUUGGCGGAUUUACGUCGAUCUACACGUCGUGGAUGUUUUUCCAUCAGCACCACUGUUCGCUUAGCUAGGCAAAUUUUAACCGCAAUUGAGAAUAUUCACAAUGUUGGCUUUUUACACAGAGACAUAAAACCUUCAAAUUUUGCUCUUGGUACGGGCGCUGGACCUGGCUCUACGAGCUCACGACAAAUCGUGAUGCUUGAUUUCGGUUUGGCCCGUCAAUACACUGCUGCUAAUGGAGACAUGAGAACUCCCAGACAGGUUGCCGGAUUUCGUGGGACGGUUAGAUAUGCAUCUGUAAAUGCUCAUUUGAACAGAGAGUUGGGCAGACAUGAUGAUUUAUGGUCGCUUUAUUAUAUGCUCGCAGAAUUUAUCACGGGAGAACUACCCUGGAGAAAAAUAAAGGAUAAAGAACAAGUUGGUUUGAUGAAGCAAUCUUUUGAUCAUAACCAAUUAUUGCGGUUCAUGCCCAGAGAAUUUCGCUCCUUCCUAGAACAUAUUCAGACUUUGACCUAUUUUGAUAGGCCAGAUUAUUUGUACCUUCAAUCCCUUCUUAACGCUUACAUGGACAGAAGAUCUAUAAAUGAAGGCGAUCCUUUCGAUUGGGAGAACGCUUCUGAGGUAUCGGCCGUCACAAAUGAAACUAAUCAGCAUCAUACCAACAUGGCUCAAAAUCAAAUGCAACCUCAGAAUGGUCCUCAAGCAGUUGAUGCCAGCAAGAAUAAGAGAACAGCAAAUUCAGGGGUUACUGGAAACCGUCCCGCAGUCGCGAACACAAGUGGCGCCGCUAUUGGUGGCUCCUCCGGUUACGCCAGUGCUGGUCGUUUGGGUGGAAGUAGCUCUAAUAUUGCUGCUGGUGGUGGAAUGAGUGCUUCAGUUGGCGUAACAAACUUGUGCAAAUCAGUAGACAUUGUUGGGUGUUCUACCAGCGUCCAGCCCAAUAAUCGCGGGACUCUUAAUGCACACUCAAAGCGUAUGGACUCGGAAGAGGGCCUGGUAAAUAAUAAUGGACAACAGACUUCAGCAACUACGCCUCGCAAGUCCCUCGGCAGCUCAGGACUGAGGUCCCACAGAGCCACUACAACUCCUAGAUUUGUAAAAGAUGCUAGAGAGGCUCGUGCUCGCGCAGCUGCUCUCAGGGAAGCAGCAGCAAAUUGUGAGCAGCAGAUGAUUCCGGUAUCUUCGGGAAUUCGUCAUUCACCUUCUGGUAAAUCCAUUAACGAUGUAGGCGGCCAGGCUAAUGAGUUGAGCACUCGAGGUGACUCUAGGAAAAUUUCUUCUGGGAGUCUCUCUCGUCGCCCUAUUAGCGCAGGAGCUUCCCAUCUGCGCGGUAGUAUUGGAGCAGUCGGAAGUACCGCUAGUCUGGCUGGGGCUGGACUUGGUACGCGUUGUGAUACCAGCUGCACGCAUGCAAUUGUCGUAAUGGUUGAUCAAGGAGACAACAGCAAUCUGCAUGACGUCACCAAAGCGGCCCCACUCACUAUGGCCAGUCAUUGGGCUGCUGGAGCCGAGGAUGGCGAAGAAUGUUCUUGUAUUUCUGAUGAAGAGGGGGGACCAGGAGGGGGGGGACAAGCCGGUGCUGGAGGUGCUUCUGGCGCAAGUGGGUCUGGAGGUGCCGCUUUUCAGGGAGGCGAGAAUGGAUCCAAAAAGGGGCUUUCAGGUGGCGGGGGUUCGCAGAACCCUUCUGGUGGUGGGGGUCAUGUUGAUUCGAAUGAGCCCGGUGAUGUUGUCUGUGAAAGCAUUAAUAAUAACAGUAACACCAAUUACUAUUAUAGCAACAACAAUGAUUUGCACUCCAACGUUCGGUGGUCACAAAACAGCGGUGAGGUUGUGAGGCUCCAGAGUGAUCUUCCUAAUAGUAAUUCUCCCCGUCUAUUGGCCCCCGUUUCUGUUUCCACUACUCGUCUUCAAUCUGCUAGUUUAAAAAGUAAUUCGAAUAGUGGAAAUGUGCGUUUUGCUCCACGCCAUCACGUCCCGGGAAUAAUUGUUGAAAGCGGCAUCGGUCGAAAGUUAACCACGGUCAGUCCUCAUGGAUGUUGGGGACCGACGCCUGAGUGUCUUUCAAGCCACAGUAUUUCAGGGGGCGCCAAGUUUUCCCAGCCAACUAUGCGUUCAAAGUCGCGCUCUCGUGACGUAGACAAUCAAACACACCCUCUUUUGCCUUCCAACCUACUUGGAUCUGUUGAUUCUUUGAAUAAUGUCAAACAUGAUUCAUUGCCACAAGAAGCUCAUGUGCAUAUGAGCACUGAGUAUCUUCAUUGGACUGGAGAUGGAAACGGUUCUACUGCUGGGCAACUCGAUCCUCAUCGAAUUAAUGCAAUCAAACCGAACAUUCCUCUCAAGAUUUUAGGCACCUGGCAUCAUUUGAAAGGUGGUUCACGCUUUCCAACUCCACCAAAGCCACCUUCCCCGGGCACUCGCUAUAAUGGCUAUCCGCGGUCUCCGCUAAAUCCUCCUAAUGAAAAUGUUGGUGUCUGUAGGGCUCCAAUAAGUGAUUCAGUCAAUGUGCCUUCGGUGUCACAUCACUCAGGAGUUCAGCAGAAUCCGCUGAUAUAUGCUAUUUCCGAUGAGAGUCACCCAUUGCGCUUCAGGUCCGACAUGGAAAUGGGCCAAAGUGAGAAGCAGCAUAACACUAUGCCAAUGAAAAACGACCAACAUGGCACUCUUAAUGAGUCACAAAUCAAAGCUGGGAACACUCCAUACUUCAGCUUUUACUAUUCUUCUCAAAAGACCGGCAUGCCAAAUUCUGGCGAUACAAAUAAUUCGUCCUAUCGUUCCUUAAAACCAAUACACCCAACUUGUGUUUCGGUGGCUGCAGUGGCGGCAGCUGCUUCUGACGAUGCGCGAAGAAAGAUACUUGUUGGCCAGGCUCCGCUUUCAAAGUCUGAACACGAUUUGGUCACCUCAGAUGGUCUCGAUAUUAGGAACGAGAGAGCAACAGAGUUUGAGGAUGAUGGAUUUCUUGUAAGUCAUUUGCUCAACACAAAUACUUAUUUUUGUUUUGAGGGAAUAUUUUAUUUGCUUUUCUUAGCAGUAGACUUUGAUCUUCCAUAUCUUCUCGUCCUUUGCUUAUUUGAACAUGGCUCUAAAAACCCCACUCCCGUAUUUGUUACUCUUAAUGAUUUAUUGCUAUUCCUGAAUGUAACACCCAAAAUGCUACCACUCGUGAUUCUUUCUUUAUUAUAUCUUUAA